AUGGCGGCCGCUACUAUGCUUGACCAAAUGCACUACACAGAUUCUGCCACAGAUCUUGAUGAGCAAGCGUAUCCGUGCAAGGGUUGUGGAGAGAUCUUGGAAGAAGGAAAAGCCUUUGAACUUGCGGGCAACAGAUGGCAUAUCGAUUGUUUCCGUUGUAAUACCUGCAACUCUCUUCUCGACUCCGACGCGAAUCUUCUUCUGCUAGGCGAUGGCUCUCUCAUUUGCAACAACUGUACCUAUAGCUGCAGCAGUUGCGGUGAUAAGAUCGAGGAUCUUGCGAUAUUGACGGGAGAUCAGGCGUUCUGUGCCAACUGCUUCAAAUGCAGGAAUUGCAAGAGGAAGAUUGAGAACCUUCGUUAUGCGCGGACUACACAAGGCAUCUUCUGCAUGGACUGCCACGAAGCCCUAAUGGCUAGAAGGAGGAAAAAGACUGCCAAAGGUUCUUCUUCUAAGAAAUCAGCCAAUAUAGACAAAUCUCUGCCAGCUAUUCCGCCUCCAGAAGCCAGGCAUACAGCUUACGUUCCCAACUUUGCCGAGCUUGAAAGUCCACCCAUGCCUUCGGUCGAGGUGCCCUCGGUAUCGAGGACAAUGAGCGAGCUACGACAUGACACCGAUUCGGACAACAGUCGUCCCCCUACCUCUUCCCAGCAACCAGUCUCCCGAGGCUUGACCUUACCUUCCACUACAUACAAGGCAAACAGGAAUUCCUUCAUCGCACAAAGGUCAGAUGCUCCAAGCACGGGAGAGGAAUUCCUUAUCCCACUUGCCUUCGAUCCAAAUCCACCAAAGCAGCCCCCAGCCACAUCUAGUCAACAAACUACACCACAGAUACGUCCUGAGACUGAACGGUCGCACGACUAUUUUGCAACCAACAAACCACGUAGCCAAAAUGGCUCAGUCUCGCAGUCUGCUAGUCCUCAUGUCUCAGACAAUAGACCAAUCGAUCACGCGCGAAAGCAACCAGAUAUAGUCCCAAGCAGGCAGAGUUCUAAUUCUGCUUCCACUCAUUUGCUAGCAGAACAGCACCAAUCACCACAUAUAUCACAGCUUGCUCGUAACGACUCUUCGAAAAGUGAGAAUUUUCAUUUGCAAGAAGCGCCAAGAAGCAGGAAAAUGGCCUCCAACACGUCCACUCCCAGACAAGAUGUAACACCUGCCUUGAUCCAGCAGCGCAGCCCAGAAACAAGGGACCAAGCGUUCAAGUCUGACGGAGGUCGAGCUACGCCUCGCCAAUCUUACGAAAUGAGCCCACAAUUCUCCGAUGGUUUUGGUUCACCACAGCCGUUACAGUCGGUUGCUCGUGACAUCCCAAAGCGAGGUGACUCACUUGCUACCAGUCAAAAUUCAAUUCCUCGGAAAGCAAUCGAUCCGGGCAAGCCUCUGAACGAUGUCAGCAAUGCAAGUCCUGCGCCUCGACAAGCUCCUGCCCAAGUAGAUAUGGCUAAAGCCAACGGUGGAAAGGUCAUCUCAGCGCCAAUCAGCUCGCCUGAUUCUCAGAGCAUCUAUGACACGCCCAAUAUCCCACAAUUCGAUACUCCGCUUGUGGGCGACAAAUUUGUCCAGCCUCGAGUACCACCUUUACCGCCGUUCAGCCACACUCGUUAUGAAAGCAUUAGCACACUCCAAUCAGAUGCCCAAAAAUCGCCAAAACUGCCACGCUUCUCAAGUGGGGAAGGAUUCACUUUGGAAGAAGAUAUCUCCAGAAUCUUGGGCGUCGGGUUUGAAGAGCCAACUGCGAACGAGUCCUUUCUUCGCAGAGUUUCAAAUUCCGUCCGCCAUGGGCGUAGCUAUAGUGAUAAGAGCGGCAGGUUUUCGCGCGAUCGAUGGCCCAAGUCUCCAACUGUGACCGGCUUGGCAAGUCAGGAGAUUAGCAGUCCAAGCACCUCAUCGCCGGAGCACAGAGAAGAGCUUGCCUGGUUCAAGAACGAGCUGAGGCGAGAACGACAAAAGAAUGUGGAAAGAGAAAAGAAGAUCACUGAGCUUGAAGCGCAAAUUAAUGCCGCAGCUGAUAUCACUCAGGUUGAUGUCGAGCUGAAAGAAAAGCGCUCAACAAUGGUGGUGCUCGAUACUCAGAAAGAAAUCGUGGUACGCGAAUUGGAAGUUCUGACCGAGCAUAUUGCCAAUACUAAGAGAAGUGGUGAGCCUCUGGAUAUGAACAAGAUGAACAGUGCCGUCUUGCGUGAUCUGGCUGAAGCGCUCUCAAAGCUCAAACAAUCAUAUACUCCGCAAAUUGAGCAGCUGGUUCAUAAAAAGAACGAGUUGACCGAGGAGAUCUCAAAUCUCAAUCAGCAGAAAGACAAGAGCUUUCAUGAGUUUGAACAACUCUCAAUCAAGAACGCACAGUUGGCAGAAUUCAACAACCAGCUCGUGGAUCAGAUCCAGAAUAUUUACAAAAGCAAUCGUGGUCCAGGUUUAGAGGCUGUCAAACAACCUAGUGGUCUUGGAAUUUAUUCUCACCACAAAGAGCCAUCGAAGGUAUCAAUUGAGGGUCGUGACACCAAAUCUGUGGAAGCCGUACCUACCUUCAUAGACCCUGGCCAGACCUAUGAGGCAGGCGAAGCUGGUGCCAUACAAACAAUCGGAGGAGCACAAGUCGUGGAGAUGAAAAAGGGUGCAGUCGCGAAAAGGUUCGACUGGAGAAAAGGUCAAAAAAUGGCCAAGGGGCUUACCAAAGGUGUCAAAGGGGCGUUCACCUCAGCACAGCAGAAUUAUGGCCGAGACAUGCAGUUCGCUGAGACUGGUGCCUACAAUCAGGGGUUGCAGAGUGGCCAAGAAUAUUCGCAAAUUCCAAGGAACGUUUCGGAGUCUCACAAGCAAGCGGGUUGGUUCGUCAACCAAAAGCCGCCUAAUAAGAAUGGUCUAUAUGCUAGCUCGAACAAUGCGAGCACUCCAUCACUGCUGGCGGACGGUUUAAGCACUUUACCACUAUUUGGAACCGAACUUGAGGUCAGAGCAGAUUACGAAAAGGGAAGUAUACCUGGCAUAGUCAAGCGCUGCAUUGCCGAAGUCGAAGCACGUGGUCUCGACGUUGAAGGUAUCUAUCGCAAGUCUGGUGGCAACUCACAAGUACAGCAAGUUAAAGAAGGCUUCGAGAAGCAACCCUACGACUACGACAUCAGUGAUCCCGAUCUCGACAUACAUGCAGUUACCAGUGGACUCAAGCAGUACUUCAGAAAACUACCAACCCCACUCAUCACGUAUGAAGUUUAUGAUACGCUCAUUGAAGUCACUAAAAUUCCCGAAGGACCGAACCAGAAAGAAGAACGAAUCGAAGGUCUAAGGAAUGCUUUAGCGGAAUUACCUCAGGUACACCAUGAAAUCUUGGACUACUUGAUGCAGCAUCUUGCAAAGAUUGUGGUGCUUGAGAAGGAAAAUCUCAUGACGCCCAUGAACAUUGCGGUUGUGUUCGCACCAACCAUUAUGAGGCCAGAAAGUGUUGCCAGGGAACUCAACGACACCAAAGCGAAGAACGAGGUCGUCAUGUGGAUGGUACAAGACGUUGAGGCUAUCUUUGGGAAGUGA